AUGCAAUGCACAUCAACAAAAGCUACAUGGGAUAAACUGCAAAGUAUAUAUGAAGGAGAUGCCAAGGUGAAAGAAGCCAAGCUACAAAAUUUGAGAGCUCAAUUUGAAAAUCUGAAAAUGAAAGAUGAGGAGAAGAUAGCUGACUAUCUGCAAAGAGUGGAUGAAACUAUGAGUGCCAUAAGAGGACUUGGAGAAGAAGUCUCAGAUGGAGUUAUUGUCAAAAAGGUUAUGAGAUCAUUAACCCCAAACUAUGAUACAAAGGUCCCUUCUAUUGAGGAAGCAAAGGACUUAAAGACUUUCUCCAUGGAUGAGUUGUUUGGUUCUCCGUCUGCCUAUGAGAUGAGAACAAGAAGUGUUGAACCUUCAAAGAGAGAGGCUGCUUUCAACAUAACCAAGAAAGGAAAGGAAGAAGUUGCUCAUGAAGAAGUUGAAGAAGACUCAAAUGCUGUUGUAAUUGGAAAUUUUGCAUCUAAAUGCCCUCAUGGAGAAAAGGAUGAAAAUGGAAAGAAAACCAUGAAGUCCUUUGGCAAGGAAAAGAUGACAAACUCUUAUAAGCCAAGGAGAAGAAGUUUUUGGAACAAGAGCAGUCUUUACACUUUUGAAGAUGAUGCCUCUGAUGAAGAAAGUUUCUCUGAUGAUUGGUGCAGUGAAGUUAAUUUCUUUAUGGCACAAGGAGAGUUAUUUGAUGAACAUAUUGUUGACGAUGAGGAAGAGGAAAUAGAAGCUGAAGUAGACCUUGAAGGUGAACUUGUGAGUGCACUAGAGGAACUUAGAAAAGUAAGAAGAGAAUAUAAAAAGCACAAGAAUGUUGUUGCUGAAGAACAAGAGCUAUUAAUCAAAUCUCUUGAGGAAUCAAAGAAAACAAUCUCUAAUUUGAAGAUUCAACUGGAAGAAGAAAAGAGGAUGUAUGAAGUGACGAAGUCAAAUUUAGAAAGAAAGGUUAAAGAGUAUCAACAGUUAGAGGAAGAGAUUGUGAGUCUCAGAAAAGAACUUGAAAAGUGCAAAAAUGAACUAAAUAUGAGGAUUACGUAUGAUGGCAGCAUUGAAGAAUUAGAUAAAAUGAUAAGUAAGCAAAAGCACUCCAAAGACACAGAGGGUGUUGGAUUUGAGGUUGGUCAAUCUUCUAACAGUAAAGAUUCAUCAAACAAGGAAAUACUUUUCACCUCUUCAAGUGGAAGUGAAGUCAAGCAAACCUUCAUCGUCAGCAAGCCAAAUGAGAAGAAGACAUAUGCUGCUGCUAAAAAGAAUCAGUCAAGGAACCAACAUGCUAGCAUGCGGAUCCAAAAGGAAAAGCCAAGAUGGAUGAUGGAGGUUUCACAAGAGUCAAGGAUAUGA